GCAAACACGAGCAAACAAAGGCAAACCAAGCACGAUGCGUCGCGAGGGCCGGCAGCACGGGUGGGUGUUCACCGUCGACCCCACCCUGGUCGACGCGGAGGGCAAGUGCCGGUCCCGCGCGGUGCAGGUCGAGGGCGCGGCGGCGGCGGCGGCCAACGGCGGGUUCGUCAGGGUGCCGCGCAAGCCCACCAACCACUCCAAGCCCGCCGUCGGCCGCGCGUACAAGGGCCAGAUCGGCAAGGGAUCAGAGGCCGGGUCCGGCAGCAGGCACAAGUUCAAGCACGACGAGGUCAAGAUGUACUACCUCGACCUCCAGUGAGCCGACGACGGCGCCGUCGAUGUGUAUGACGACGUCGACACAUGAGGGCCAACUGCGUUGCAUUCCCAGGAGGAGAGUAUACAUGCAUGCACACUUUUGUUUGUGUCGAUCCGCAGAUUAUUGAGUGUCGUAUCGUCUGUUGUUGUUUUCAUUUUGUGACGGGACUCUGUUGUCAGAAUCAGGAGAACUUUUUUUUUUGAUUGGAGAAUCACGAGAACUUACAUGCACGUGUUGUGCUUCAAAUGUUUCGACCUCAAUGUUGUUAAUUAAAAGUUAAAAUCUCUGGCGGUUGUAAGCUUCCGGCCUUCAUUU